GUUUUGUGCGUGAGCUCACAACUCAGUUGGCUUUUGGCCAUUAGCACGAACGGUAGUGAUCGCGUACAAAUCGAAAACUCACACACAGCUCCGAUCAGCUCAGCUCAACACAGUGUUUAGUCAACAAGCGCCGCAAAGUAGCCAGAAGAGGCCAGUUAGACCAUUGUGCGCUACUUAAACUAAGAAAAGGAAAGUGUAGUACGGAAACGCCUGCGGGGAUAUUAUUGUGGCAGCAAUCACCUGGACGCCCAACAGCAGCUGCUUUUAGCCGCCGUUCAUUUGUGAGCCCACUUAUCUGGGCACUUUUAAUUAGCAUAGACUCGCUGGCUGUUUUGCGCAUGCGCAGCGCAUAAAAGCAGUCAAUCACUGGCCAAAACAUCGAUCGCUUAUCGAAAGCGAAAGUUUGCUCGCGUUCAACAAGUGCACAAGUGGGCGCUGGUCACUCUUGUUUUUUGAACUCUCUGUUGUGUUUUGUUUUUCUUUUUUUUUGUGAAAUUUAUUUGCAAUUAAAUUGCGUUGAACUACGGUUAAUGCCAAAAUAACUACGUGUACGCGUGUAAAAUAUGUGUUAAGCGUGAAAUUGAUUCGCAAAUUGUGCAGUAAAAAGCCAAAAUAAAAACUAAAAAUCGUAAAAGUGAAAUUCAGAGUUAAAAAAGAAAUUAUUCAAAAACUAAAAAUAAAAUUGUGUCUGAAAUACUUGACCGCCAAAAUGCCUUCAACAGCGCAUCCUCGCUUCAUCUUCUAUCUGCUCUGCGCCGCAUCGCUGCUCGCCGUUGUACGCUCCGAUCCCACCGGCAGUAAGACUCAUACAUAUCUCAUGUCGUAUUUUUAUUAUUUACUAAUGAAUUUCGUCAAUCCCUAUGCGAUGACGCUGUUUUAUCGUUUUGUAAAUAUUUGUCGCUAUGAAGACUCCAAUGAAGAUAUUGCCUACGAAGCAGCCAAGCAAUUGGGCCAAUUAAACUAUCGUCUCAACCAGCUGGCUUUCGAGGAGCAGUCCCGGCAGAUAUCCUUGCCAAAUAUUACGAUUAAUAAUCUAGUAAGCCGCAUUCCAUGCACCUGUGACAAGGGUAUAUGCAAAUGCUGUGCUGGAUUCCUCUCUGUAAUCGGCUUGAAUAGCUGUACGGAGGUCGUAUAUCGACCAGAAGAAUUCUCUUUCGAGUUGCGCAUGCGUGUUAACAAUAAUGUGUGGUUCAAGCGCAAAGUCUCCGGUCAGAACCCACCGCCAUUCUGCUUCCGUCCGCCACGUUUCAACUUUGCGCGAGCUUGCAUACAGUUCCAUGAUAUCUGGUUUGUGGGUCGCAAUAUGCAUGUCUGCAUGUAUUUGUCGGGCUCAUUUCAAGGUUACGAACUAUUCGAGCGCAACUUCGAUUGUCUGCUCUUCGGCGAUAAGGGUGUGAAAAUUGUUAAACCUGAAGAUGGUUACCCGGUGCAUCCCACAGACGUGGAUAUUGAUGAUGGCGAUGAUGAUAUCGAGGAAUAUGAUGAGAAUGUUGUGCGCAGAAGAAGACACGUGCGCCUGACUAAAGUUAUACGCUCGAAAGUUCAGCCCUAAUCCGCAGACAUAAUUAUAUGCCAUUCUUUAUGACUGAUAAACUUAUCUUAAAUUAUCUAUUAUUUUAUAUCUAAUUAAUUAGCUUUACGACUAAAUUAUUUUACACUACAACACCACAAGCACGAAACGCAUGUUUUUUCCAAGCUUUCAUAUACUACAAUACAUAUACAUUACAACAUAUACAGUACAACAAUCGACCGUUUUCAGCUGGUAAAAAAGUUCUGCGAACCCGAAGAGUGAAAACAAUCUAUAUAGAAACAACUUUAAUUUUAUAAAUUCGGAUCUUUAUAUCAUUAAAUGCCUAGAGCAACCAAUUCCAUAAAGUAUACAUAUCACAAACGCAUUCAUAACUAUUACGUUAGAACUAUAGUUCUCUGAGAAAGAUCUUCAUCAACAAAAUUGUCAACCAACCUUAUGAUUUAAAACUUACCGAUCCCAAUAAGUUGAGAUCACAUAACAAUGGAAUUGACCACAAAAAUUCCAGCUAAGGUAGAACAGGACUAUCACAUAUAUUGUAUGCGAUACUGUCAGCAUUUGACAGGUCAGGUUUGGAAUGUAAAAUUUAAAAGCCAUUUACAGAGAAUCAAUAAAAAUUUGCUUACAUCCUCCUACAGUGGAUAGCGUUCUGACUACCAACACUGCCAACCACCAUCUAUUGUAAAAAUUGAGCUCAAGUAGUUCAUAGACAAACAGCAAAAUGAAAAUGAAGUAGGGAUAUAUUCUGGAUUGACUGAUAAGAGCGGAUUGGCUCAGUUCACUAUAGAUUUUACUCUUUCAAAAGAUCACUUUUUUGGGUUCUUCUAAGUAAAAAUUAAAGAUAUUUCAUUAAAGUGAGACCUUCUAUGUGAGUGAGUAGCUAGGUCUGUCAGUUGGUUUCCAGAUUCUUGCAGAGAUCUCCUUCAAGAACUCAUUUUCGAUUUAUGAUUUCUCUUCCUUAAAUAUUGAUAUAAAAAUUUAUUUGUGGUGCUAAUUUUAAAUGUUUCCAAGUUCUCAUCCACUGAGACCGACUGAGAUUGAAACAGCGCAGUAUUAUACCUUUAGUAACGGGUCGCAUUCUCCACUGAACAAAUUUAUCGCUUCGUCGAUAUAUGUAUAAGGGUCUUAUCUUCGAUACUUAGGAGUUGUUGUAUUAUUGUCAAACAAGACUAACGGUCCAGCUGUCCAAACGGGAUCCGUGACCUCAGAUCUGAAACCUGCAUGACUUUGGGAGGAUAGUCAUGCGAUAUCAAAGACAUGGAAACUCAUAAAUUUAAAUUUUAUCAUUCAAAUUAGUCCUUUGUUAAUUUGUCUAGAGUGAAAGGUUUCACAAAAAGUUAGGAAAAAAGAUGAAAAAAUCGCCUCGAAAGAAUCGUAGGUUGGUUGGUUAGAUCGAUAUAGUAUGUGAUGUAUGUGAUUGGCGUUGAACCGUUAAGCCGGUUAUAGCGCGCCACUCCACUCUUUCCUUCGCAGUUCGACGCCAGUUGGAGAUUUCAAGUGUAACCAGGUCGCUCUCCACCUGGUCCCUCCAACGGAGUAGAGGAUUUCCCCUUCCUCGGCUUCCUCCGGCGGAUACUGCAUCGAACACUUUCAGAGCUGCAGUGUUUUCGUCCAUUCGGACAACAUGACCUAGCCAGCGUAGCCGAUGUCUUUUUAUUCGCUGAAUUAUGUCAAUGUCGUCGUAUAACUCGUACAACUCAUCGUUCCAUCGUCUGCGGUAUUCGCCGUUGUCAAUGUUCUAAGGACCAUACUCAGUCCAAAGUAGCACCUGUUGGCAAGAGUGAUUCUGUGCUGGAUUUCGAGGCUGACAUUUUUGGUGUUGUUGAUACUGUAUCCCAGGUAUAUCGAAGUUAUGACUGUCAACAGUGACGUGAGAGGCAAGACGCGAAUGCGCCGACUGUUUGCUUGAUAACAGGACAGAUUGAUAUAGUACAGACCCUAAAUGUAUGCUACGCUUAUUUAAACACAAACAUCAUAAAGUGAAAUUUUUAGGGAUGGAUAAAUAUAUUUUUGAUAUGAGUAGAGUCAGAGUUGACUCCCUAUGGAUUUCUAAUGCAAAGUAAAAUUAAAUUAUAUGCAGUUUUUGGUUAAAUAUGGUGUUGUGUCUAAACUUUGUUCGAAUUGGAACACAUUUUUAUCAGCUUUAAACUUUAUUAGUAACCUUAAACAAUAUUUAAUUUAUUUCAUUGAUAUAUUACUGUUACAUAUACAUACUUAUAUGAAUAUACUUAUAUAUAAACUAUCUAUAUUUCCUUAAACUUAGUCUAGUAAUAAGCUUACUACACAGACUCAACAAAUACAUUAUU